AUGAACUUGCAGAUCUGUCCUCCAGAUCCACCCAAUCUAUCCUCAAUCGUUCGAAACAACGACGUCCUCCAGCCAUCAAAAGAGCAAGAAGUGCCCGCGCUAGAAAGAAGUCGCGCAUACUGGUAUCCCACCGCAUUACUCGCACGCACCUAUCCCAGGCAGGGGCUGCCCUCGGAAUUCACAAAUCCCCAACAUGCCCUUCACAGAGUCCCCAGAUUCCCAGGGCCGUUAAAAGCACCCUUUGGGCGCCCCUUCGGUAGGACUCAAAUUCUCGCUCUUUGUGCAUUAACUUCGUCUACCUGGCGGUUUGCCGGAGACGCGAGCUGCGAUGGGGUCAGGGGAGAGAUAACCAGACUUGCUUUGGUCCAGAUCGGUACUCAGAAGGCCAUUCCGUUUAGUUUCUCGGGGGAUGUCUUUCGCCAGUGGGUUGGGACUUCGGAGGAGAAGCUGAUUGGUGCGAAUUAUUUGGGCAUUCUAGCGGCUGGAUGGUGUUAUGUACUUUCUGCGUGGCUUGUGGAAGUGCAAGGAGAUGGUGCUGGUAUGUGUUAUACCAACUCUCAAGCUGAUAUUGGCUCAAACACGAAGGUCGAGAAUUUUCCGGAACGGACACACUCGAUCGACUUGGGAGAAGAGGCAAGUGCAGAUGCUAAACUUGUUCGUUGGUGGUCUGCGAUUCUUGCGAAAGACGAAGGAUGGAACGCUGUUGUGCAAGAAGGUCGUCUUGAUGGUGAUGCUUUUGUUACGCCUUGGAUGGUAACCCGCACGUGUGAAACCUCUUUCAUCGUUGAGACACAGCUGGACAAGGACGUGGUAUCAUCAGAGCGGGUACCUCUUUCGUGGAGCGAAGCGUUCGAUGCCCUUGCUGGGUUUGCGCGUACCCAUGCUCUGGGAAGCCAGCUUUCUAUUGCUCUUGCAGUAGCCAUGUCCGUCCCUAUGCAUCGAUACUAUGGUACGGAAGUCAGAUGUCCACCUCCAAGCACUUGUGGUGCUGGAAUAUCACCUACGUCUUCAGAUGAUAUGCUACGCGUGCCGAAUCACCUGAAAGACGACCUCGUUUACUAUAUAACCCUCAGCUGCAGUCCGGAAGUCAUGAUCUCCACCCUCUGCGGAGCAUUCUGGCAACCCAACAUCCCCUGCAACAUGGUGACUCAAUGGCUUCACCCCUUUAUCGAAGAGAUCUUACCCUCAACUUCAGAGGCCAAGAGCCAAGAACUAGCCGCUUUGAUAUGCGCCAUCCGUCGACCAACUAUCAGCGCGCUUUGGAUCGGCGCCGCAAUCAGCGGGAUAGUCCCUACGCUCCUGGAACGUGUCAAGCGAGGCAGAUUACCCGUGGACGCCGUCUCGUUCCCAUGGACUGGUGCGCGGCAAAGCUUCAUGGAUGAGCUAGGAGAGGGUCCGUAUACCUGCCCUCAGGAUGUGGAGCAUAUCUCGCGACCGGAUGUGUGGCGUUUACUGCUCCUGUCUCCGAUCGAAGAAGACGAACUAGCGUAUGGGUGUGGGCCCCCGACGCCGUGGGAGCCAUGCGGUGUUUCUGGGACCAGGGACUGUGCGCUGCGCGUGUCUGCGCAUAUAAAGUGUUCUCGACAUGGAUAUAGCUAUGAUCACUGGACCUGGGAUCUAGAUAAUGGCACCACGGUGCGAGAUUAUGGGUUCUCUAGUUCGGGAAUAUCUCGUACACUCGUUUCUGGCAAGCCUUCCGACAUUUCGAAGAUCGAUAUUGACUCUCAUUCGUUUGUGAAGAAAGAUCUCGGUCCAGAUCGCGAAGCUUCUGAGAAAGCAUCAAUGGAUAUUUUCCGCUGGUUUGUACUUGGUGGCGAAGGCGUCCCUCCUGAGAAGAUAUACCGGGAUGAGUGGUUACGUGGAUUGUGGGAUGAUGAAGAGGACUCUGACGAGGAAGUUGAUGGGAGUCACCGAGUUUCUGAGUCAAAGUGCGCUGAAAGAUUCGAAAGUUGA